CACAGUUGUCCUCCACUUCAAAUCGACUGAUACGCUGUCAUGCCGGCGCGCAAUCGGAGAAGAGGCGCUGGCGACCAAGGACGAGGAAGCCAAGGCAGAGGAGGCCAAGGUCGAGGAAACCAAGGCCGAGGCAGAGGAAGGGGCGAUCCGCAACAGGGGCCAGGCGUUGUGAGGAAGAAAAGUUACAAGCCCAAAGGACCCGCCCGCAACAAGACCAGCCCCCCCACGCGUUCCGCGGCGCGGCGGAACGCGGAGAAGCGCAGCGGGCGGCGGGAUCCGCGGGAUCCGCGGGGGGCGGCAGUGCCCAACUCUGUGCAGACUGAGGUGAGAGAGGAUGGGAUGUUUCGGCACUCGGAGAUCACGGGGGCGCACAAGGACGCGGUGAUGUCGGUGGUCAUGGCGGCCGACUGCAUCUACACCGCUUCGCGGGAUAAGACUUUGAAGAGGUGGAAGGUGAACGUCGGCGCCUCCGGGAAGUUCGAGCUCCAACCGGAGUUAGAGGUGCCUUUGGGCGAGGUCUGUUGGUGCCUUAUCAGUGCUGGAGACUGGCUCUUCUGUGGCCUGGGCGAUGGCAACAUCAAGGGCUUCAUGAAGUCGGGACAGCAGACGGUGCUGAGCGGCCACCAGAAGCGGGUCUCCUGUUUGAUGACCCAUCAGCACGUGCUCUUGUCCGGCGCAUCGGACGGCGCGGUGAGAUGCUGGCAAAUGAACCCCCACACCACGACAUUUGAAUGCACGCAUGGGAUCUCCGAGGGCAUCUCGGGCAGCGUGACCGCGCUGGCGGUGCUCGGCGAGGGCUUGUGGGUGGGUGGCAGCUCAGGCUUGGCCUUGGUUGAGCUGGCCACACUGAAGGUGGUGAAGCAGUUGAACCCUCGCAAGUUCGUUGCAGGCCUCUUGCAGUUUGAAGGGCACAUGAUUGUGGUCUACGCUGAUGGCAGCAUUUGCAUCUUCGAUGGCUUGGGCGGCCUGAAGCACCAGCAGCCGGCGCUGCCGGCGGGGCCCGUGCUUUGCAUCGCUCCCCGGCAGCGUUUGGGCCAUCGACCCCGGGCAUCGCUCCAAGAGGGCGGCUGGGAGGCCGGCCUCGAAUCCGGUCCAAGGGUGCUGUGCGGCCAUGCGAAAGGCCAAGUGAGCUCGAUCACUCUACCGAACUUCGUGCUCAAGAAGCACUGGCAAGCGCUCGAGAGGUGCAAGGUGCAGACCUUGUGCUGUGCCGGGCAUGAUGGCAUCUAUGUCCUUGGGGCGGAGAACGGCAGCCUUCAACUUUGGCAACGGGAUGGCUCCGUCGACAUUUGACACGGUCCUACGGUCCAGGAGGUGGCCCGCUGCCGCUGCACAGGAGUCUUCGUUUCACCCAACGGCUGCGACUUCCAAGCGCGGCCGCAUGGUCUCACGCCAAAAAUAAAAAACAUCUAUUGACGUGAGAAGCAUCUUCCUAGCCGAAGAUUGGCCCCAGAUAGAGAUGGAG